AUGCAGUACUUCACCACCGCCGUCGCUCUUCUCUCCACUUCGCUCCUCACCACCGCUGCCCCCACCGCAUCCUCCGCGCCCCUCGAGCGCCGCGCCUGCAGCGUCGCCUACCCGCAAUCCAUCGGCUUCCCCAUCAACUACGACAUCCACCAAGACGCGGGCGGCGCCAACAAAGUCCCCAACGCCAUCACCUUCAGCAAUAUCCCCGCCGGCUCGUACGGCUGCCAGAUGGAAGUCAACUUCCCGGCUGGAUAUCCCAUCACCAGCUCCGGCAACAGCCAGGUCAACAUCUAUGCCACUUCUGGCACGGCCCCAGGCAGCCUUUUCGGCACUGUGAACUUCGCCAGCAGCCCUGUGGCGCCGACGAAGUUCGUGGUUAAUUCCGCGACGUGCGACACCACGAUGAGCUACCGCAUGGAGAUUGCCAGUGCGGAUCAGGCCGGCAGGGUUGCGUUUGCGGAUACCAAGGACGCUGGUAUUACCAUGACGUACAACUGCUAG